GGUACCUUUCACCUCCUACAUUUAUUUUAAUGAGGGGAAAAUUCUAUGUUUCUUGGUUCCUCAUAACUAACUAUUCUAACCAGUUUGGUCUAAGAUUCAGCCACUUACCACCCACCCACCUCUCUAUCUCCACCUAUUUAUAGCCAUACCGGUAAGACCUGGAAUACCGGUAAUACCAUGGUAUUAAGAUAUCCUCAAACCAUACCAGGUCUUGGCGGUACAUACCACACCAAUACCAACUCAUACCAGACCAUUCCGAUCACUGGGACAGAUCAUUGACAAGUCAGAGCGUGUCAUCGCUAGCAAUGUCUUCCAGGAAGUGGAAUUCCCAUCGAUGGUCCAGGGCCGAGUUGCGCUUCUUGGCGAUGGUAAGUGUACCGUAUUCUCGCUUCUCCCUUGGUGAACGGCCUAACUCGGGCAGACUCUUAGCUGCUCACAGUAUGGCGAGCUUUUUCGGACAGGGUGGUUGUCAAGCCAUCGAAGAUGCCGCAGUGCUGGGGAACCUGCUCGCCGUCAACUCGCGGAAUCUCGAGAGCCCAGCCCGCAUCCUCACCGCCUACGCUGCGGAGAGGGAAGGUAGAGUGCACAGGUUGUCGAAGUUUAGUGACAAUUUCGCCAUGCUGCACAAUGCCCGAAUGCCUUAUGGCUUGGGCCCAUUCCUGCGCUGGCUGCUCUACACGCUGAUGCCCACGUGGUUCUGGAUCAGCUAUCUGAAGUGGCUUUUUGGCUACCAGCCCUUCAUUGAGGCCGGUGCCAUUAUAAAGCGAAAGGGGGAGAAGGGUUCUAUGCUCUGAUUUGUGGUGAUGCUUUCGCUUUGGUUUAUUUUUGGUUUCCUUUUUGCGGCGGCCGCGCAUCGUAUUUCUCGUUUUUUCUCAGACACACGGAGGUUAAAGCGACAUGUGAUAAUUCAUUCGCGAAAGACUUGAAGACGGGGACUUUGAUAGACAUGCCCGAAAUAGUUGCGACAGUUUUCCAAUUUCCUAGGUAUUAUUAGUGCGAAAUGAAAUUGAUAGCACCCAAA